AUGGUUCUGAUGUCGAUUCUCUUCGCCACCUUUGAGAUGAUGGCCGGGAACGCCGAGGCCGCGUCCCGGCAUCACCACCGCGCCGCGGCGAUGAUAGAGCAGUUUGUUCGAACUCCGGUUGAAGGAAGAGGACGGGACGGCGUCUCCAUUGAAAAGCUUUCUCUUUCUGAGCUCGAUUCCGCCUUGUUCAACACGUUGCAGAGAUUGGACACGUAUCCCUGGGCCAUGGGGUUCGGCGCCGAGGGGAUCCGCAUCACGGCGCAGGCACAGAUACAGCAUGCACAACAUCCCGUCAAGUUUCAGUACCAUCACCGAGGCGUCGCGGUGGUGGCACCUGACGCAACACGCCAUCAUGCACUGCCUCCACGGGCUGCUCAAACGUCAAGACAGCACAGAGAGCGCAACUCGCACCGCUGGUUCCAGGCCAUGAAACCCUCGAGUCGCUCUACGCCGAGAACCUCGCUGCUGUACCGGGACAUGAUUGGCCACGGCGCGCGGCAGCUGGCGCGGAAGCAGGCGCUCAACGGGCCUGCAGACGCUGGUGAGGGAGAAUGA